AUGGAUAGAAGGAAAAUCACCCCGCCUCCAAUCAGUUCACCUCGCCGGCAUAAAUCGCAGCACCCGUCAACCGCCACGUCCUCAUCGUUGUCACGCGAGCCGUCCGCGAGGAACCCCUGUUCGCCGAGCUCAGCCAACCGUCGCCGAGAAAUUCUAUUCCACAGCCUCUGCGAACAGAUCCGUCGUGAGCUUCUCUCCUCGCCGCGGCCGCCUCGAACUCUCGAACACCUCCGUCCGUCCCGUGGCGAGCUUCUCUUCUUGCCGGCGUCUCACAACAGCCUUCACACUGACGUGACGAGUCCACCAGCGACUGCCCUUGUUCGAAUAGAACCCCGCCCCCGAAGGCUGACCGAGCCACCGCAAGUCUUAGCCGAGCCCCGUCGAGGAAAGCCGCGAUCCGUCAACAACCUCCGUCAGCGAGAAUGCUCGGGAAACCGCCACAGCACCCUCCGGCCACCGCUACAGCGCCUCGCCGGUUCCGAGCAGCAACCGAGCAGUCGAGGAGACUCGAGCAGUUCGGGCCGUGAGCAGCGGGCCACUGGGUUGCAGCAAUUCGAGGAGUUGUCCCAGAACCGAGAGCCUGCUAGUCUAGCCUUUGUCCAUUUCCUUUUCGAAACUUUGAAGAGACCCGAGUCAACUAAUGAGCCACUUUUGAGCUAUAAAAAUCUCUUUCACUUUCGCACGACCUCGCCGGCUCAACCUCUGCACGACCUCCGAUCUCCGCAGACGACUUUGUCGGCUCCGCACGACCUCCGACAUCAUCCUGUGGCCACCUCGCCGGCUCUGCACGACCUCGCCGGCUCUGCUCGACCUCGCCGUUCCUCUGCAGCUUCUCACCGGAAAAAGCGUCUUUACGGGUGGAAGCUCGUCAUUGUCGGCGUCCGAAAACCCGUCAAAUCCAUAGCAUCAUUCUUGAAAAGAUGUCUGCCCCGU